GCAGCAGUGCCCGCGGGAUUGGCUGAGACGAACGAUGAGCUCAGCUAGCCUCCCUCCCUCCCUCGCUCUCUUUCUCUCUCUGUCUCUCUCAACUCUGCUUUUCUCCUUGCCCCCUUUUGAGCAUCCUUUGGUGAUAUUGUAGACUUCAGCCGCAGAGGCUAGCAGCAGCAUCCAUGGCCUAAACAAGGACCCCUAACCAUCCGACGGCCCGUCGUUACAGGGACACGGGGACUUCAAAACUGAGGGUUUUGGAGGCUGGAAGAGUGAUCUGUCUUGUUUUAUUACAUCUCUCCAUCUGGUAACCAGGGGCUUCUCUUCUCCCCUCCUCCCGUUUCAGGCUCCUUGGAGAUAGAGGAAUGCUAAUCUGCAGUCAUGAUGGAAGGAUUGAAAAAACGCACCAGGAAGGCCUUUGGUAUACGAAAGAAAGAGAAGGACACUGACUCGACGGGGUCACCAGACAGAGAUGGUGGACCACAGAAAAAGUCCAAUGGGGCUCCAAAUGGCUUCUAUGGGGAGAUUGAUUGGGAUAGAUAUACUUCUCCUGAGGUAGAUGACGAAGGCUAUAGCAUGAGGCCAGAUGAAGAAGAAGGAGCAGCCCAAAAAGAGAAGACUCGCUUUUUUUCCUCUAGUGAGUCCGAAGAAGAGGAGGACCACCGCAAAAAGUUUAAGAUCAAGAUCAAACCCCUGCCGGCAGACGCUAGCAUUGCAGCUCCCUCGGUAGAUGAAUUAAAAGCCUCUGUAGGCAACAUAGCUCUGUCUCCCUCUCUUCUGAGGAAUAGUCCGAGACGUAGCCCGGGUCUGGCAAAGAGAAAUACACCUGGUGAAGAAAUUGCACGGCCGAGACGUGCUAUUCCAAAGCCUGUACCAGCUCCCUCCCCUUCCCCAACACCUGCACCUGAACUCACUCCUGAGCCCAAUAGUAAUAAGAAAUCUCCCGUGCCAGAUGACGCAACAGCUUUGUUUGGUCCUCCGCUAGACACAGCCUUUGAUGAGCAGAAGACCAGUGAAGAAUAUGUGGUGAUAGAGGAACCUGAGGUUUGGGGUGCACCCCUACCUGAGCAACACCUAGACUCCUCUCUGGCAAGACCUUUUCCUACAGGAACACUGCCUCCGCUUCCGCCUAAGAAUGUGCUGAGCUCCCCCCCUUCAAGUGAAUCUCCUGCUACUGAACCUACCGACGUGCAGAAUGAAGAUGAGGGUCCAAGGCAGGCCUCACAGAGGCCUUCCUUAGGCGAUCUGGACAACAUCUUUGGCCCAGCGGACUCUCCAAAACCUGGUCAGGAUGCUGAAGACAAGUGGGUCUGCUUCAGUGACAAGUCGCCUGAAAGACCUCUGCCUUCAGAGGACAAGACUCCACUUCCACUCCCCUCGUCUCCACCUCCCUCAGCAGAACCAGCACCUAGAUUACCUAAAUCCCCUCCUCCACAAGAGGAGCCUAGCCUUCCUUUACCAAAAUCUCCACCUCCUCCAGCAGAGCAUGCACCUUCUCCUCCAACCAUUGAACUGCCAAGAGAUAGUCCCCCACCUCUGCCGACAGCCACUCCUCAUCCCAAAGACACCAUUCCUUUUCCCCCAGCUGUCCUGCCUUGUCCAGUUGAAGAGGCCCUGUCCCCACCUACACCAGAUGAUGCUUCACACCAUACUACAGACUUGUCGACAUGUGCUCCUCCGAUGGAGACACGAUCAGACUCAACCGGCCCACCAACUACUCUAGAGGCAAGUGCACACACAACACCCCUGCUUCUGAACCAGGAGGAGAAGAAGAGCCCUGAGGAGAUCCCAUUAAAAGAGGACCAGAGUGAGGGCAGCGAUUCACCCAAAGAGAUAGGUCAAGGACCACGCUCAACACCACCUCCUCCUCCUCCUCCCACAUACAGGGCAGUAGUGACAUCCCCAGGGCCCAUCCCUCCAACUGGUACAGGUGGAAAUGAAAGUGGUUUUUCCUCCCCUGCUCGUUCCUCUACGCCAUUGGCCACCAGCAGCUCUCCCCCUCCCCCACCCCCACCUCGGCCACCCUCACGACCUAAACUGCCUCCUGGGAAACCCAGUGUAGGGGAUGUGAAUCGGCCAUUCAGCCCCCCUGUACAUUCAUCAAGCCCACCACCUUUGGCUCCACUGGCCCGGGCGGAAAGCACCUCUUCUAUCUCCUCCACCAACUCUCUGAGCGCUGCCACCACACCCACCGUCGGUAAAGAGCUUGCAGUGUCUGUGUCAGAAGAUGACGCUUUUGUAGACAAACUACCCAGCUUUGAGAGAUGGUCAGACAUGCCGGCAGAGACCGACCAGCCCUCCCUCGUAUGGUUUGACAGAGGCAAGUUUUAUUUAACCUUUGAAGGCUGUUCUCGAGGGCCCAGUCCCCUCACCAUGGGGGCCCAGGACACACUGCCUGUUGCUGCAGCUUUCACUGAGACAGUCAGUGCCUUCUUCAAAGGAGCUGACCCUAACAAGUGUGUGGUGAAGAUCACUGGAGAGAUGGUGUUGUCCUUCCCAGCAGGGAUCACAAGGCAUUUUGCAAAUAACCCCUCGCCUGCUGUGCUAACCUUCAGCAUAACCAACUACAGUCGCCUGGAACACGUUCUGCCUAACCCCCAGUUACUGUGCUGUGACACCACACAGUCCAAUCCGAACUCAAAGGAGUUUUGGGUGAAUAUGCCAAACCUGAUGACCCAUUUAAAGAAGGUGGCAGAGCAGAAACCACAGGCAACAUACUACAAUGUGGACAUGUUGAAAUAUCAGGUGUUACCGAAGGGUCCACAGUCCACUCCUCUAAAUCUGGCCAUGAGCUGGAGGUGUGAGCCAACCAGUACCGAUCUUAGGAUAGACUACAAAUACAAUGGUGGGGCCAUGACCACUCCCGUCGCCCUCAACAAUGUUCAGUUCCUAAUCCCAGUGGAUGGAGGGGUCAACAAACUGCAGGCUGUGCUUCCCCCAGCUGCCUGGAAUGCAGAGCAGCAGAGAAUCUUAUGGAAGAUUCCAGAUAUUUCACAGAAGUCAGAGAAUGGAGGUGUGGGAUCUCUGCUGGCCCGUUUCCAGCUGUCAGAGGGUCCCAGUAAGCCUGCUCCAGUGGCAGUGCAGUUCACCAGUGAGGGCAGCACAAUGUCAGGCUGUGACAUUGAGCUGGUUGGCCUUGGAUAUCGUUUCUCCCUCAUCAAGAAGAGAUUCGCAGCAGGAAAAUACAUGGCAGAUAUCUAAACGACAUCUCUGAUCCAUACAAGUCUGUGUAUUUUGGACCAGUUAUGAAUAUUUAAAACACAGGACAGAUCGAGACCCUGACCCCUACCUGACCUUUUGGAUAAACCUUUGUAGAAGUACAAUGCAGGUGGACAUCACACACUCCAGCAGUAUUACACAAGCUGCAUUAUAAAAAUGUGGACCGUUUUAGGAUGUAUUUCUUAUAUUUUUGAACUGUAUUUACUUAACAACAUCUGUAUUACAGCAGUGGGUUUGUUUGUAAGGUUUAGCCUCUAUUUCUGUCCAAUGUGUUGUUGGCUGUGCCUACCUGAACCUGAAUAUCUCUGUAUCCCUCUCUAAAAGGGAUACUAAAAAUGUAAUGUUUUUAUUACUCUAUGCAUUCAGUUUGUCAGAGGUAUCAAGCUUUCAGAAAAGGUAGUAAAUUAUCUAAAGUUCUUAGUAUGGUACUGACUCUAAAACAUACUGUAAAAGGAAUGAGCCUCUCUGCCACUAGAUGGCGCUAUACCGUUGCAUGUAGUAUGAGGUCCGUACAGGAUUUAGUAUUGUUAAAGCUUAAUUAGUCUUGAAAAGGAAUUCAGGAAUAUCUCAUUUUAAUUUACUCAAUACAGUCAGGUUAAAGUCAUUAAUUGGAAAUCAGAAGAAAUCAUAUAUUUAUUUAUUUUUAUUUUGUUUUUCAGAAUUUUUAGACAGUCACAGCUUUAAAAGUAUCCUGCUUGCAACACACACACACACAAACAAUGUUCCUCCAAAAAAAAAAAAAAAAAAAAGGAUAAUAUAUAUCUUGAAGGCCGUUUGGUGUUUUCUUGUAUUGUUAAAUAGCCUUUCUGUUGUUCCCGUGGGAACAGUGUUAGAAAUCAGAGUACAUGACAUAAUUCUAUUUUUAUUUAUUCAUGGUAAACUGUAUAUGAAUAGACUUUGAAUGGAAUCACUAUUUAAGAUCCUUAAAGUUAAACAUUUGGACUUUUUGUUAUCUGUGUAGUUGGGUAAGCUGUGUACAGUAUGAUGCUAAGGUAUAAUUUGUACAUUUAUUUCAGAUAUAAUUUUUUUUAACUUAAGUGCAACAGAAGAUUUAUGCUAUAUAUGGGACAGGGGUAAUGUUUA